AGUAGGCGCCAGACACUAGUAGACUUAGACUAGCGAGAGAAGAAGAGAGUAGUCGGGUGGCUCCGGACCUCUCUCUCCCCCCCUUCUUUAUCUAUCCGUUUCCUCCCCUCUCCACACAAUCCCCUCUUCUCUUUCUCUCUCUCUUCCUCUCUCUCUCUCUCUCUCUCUCUCUCUCUAAAAACCUAUCUCUCGAUACAUACACAAACAAACAUAAUCAUCGUAUAUAUAUACAACCUGUGUCUGUUUAUUACUGGUUUUGAGCCGUCGAUCUUUUCAACCAUGUCGGUGCAGCCGUCGACGACGGUUCCUAUACCUCGGAUUUUCUACUCCAACAGACCGGCUACGGCUUUUGCGGCAAACAGAGGCCACUUGUUGGUCGAUUUGGUCGGGUUGUGCUGUAAGUCGAAUCGAAGCAGUAGCGGUAGUACUCGGCGGAGACUCGGAGCGGCUUCGAGCAGUCAGAGGUCGCAGGGUUUGGCGUCGAGGAAGGACUGGUCUCGGUCAAUUAAAGCUGUUCUCGAUCUUCAACGCGUCGACAAUGCCUCCUCGGAUUCUAAACCCAAGGUUGCAAACCUGGAAGACAUAAUAUCAGAAAGGGGCGCUUGUGGAGUUGGAUUCAUUGCCAAUUUGGAGAACAAAGCCUCGUAUGACAUAAUUAAGGAUGCUCUUGCUGCUCUUGGCUGCAUGGAACAUCGUGGGGGCUGCAGUGCAGAUAAUGAUUCUGGUGAUGGUUCAGGAUUGAUGACGUCAAUCCCAUGGGAUCUUUUUGACAAUUGGGCUAAUAAACAAGGGAUUGCUUCCUUUGAUAAGCUGCACACCGGUGUUGGAAUGGUUUUCCUUCCCAAAGACGAUGACCUUACAAAGGAAGCCAAGUCAGUUAUUGUCAAUAUCUUUAGACAAGAAGGUCUUGAGGUGCUUGGAUGGAGGCCUGUUCCUGUAGAUACUUCUGUGGUUGGUUACUAUGCAAGAGAAACCAUGCCCAAUAUCCAGCAGGUUUUUGUUCGAGUUGUUACAGAAGAAAAAGUCGAUGACAUUGAAAGAGAACUCUACGUGUGCCGGAAAUUGAUUGAAAGAGCAGCAAACUCAGAAACUUGGGGAAAUGAACUUUAUUUUUGUUCAUUAUCCAACCAAACAAUAGUUUACAAGGGUAUGCUUCGUUCGGAAGUUCUAGGUAGAUUCUAUUCUGACCUCCAGAAUGAUCUUUAUAAAUCCCCUUUUGCCAUUUACCAUCGGAGGUACAGCACAAAUACUAGUCCUAGGUGGCCUCUUGCUCAACCAAUGAGGUUACUUGGUCAUAAUGGAGAGAUAAACACCAUACAGGGUAACUUGAAUUGGAUGCAAUCUCGAGAGACUUCAUUGAACUCUCCUGUCUGGCGUGGUAGGGAAAAUGAAAUUCGUCCUUAUGGCAACUCCAAAGCAUCUGAUUCUGCAAACCUUGAUAGCACAGCAGAAUUGUUAAUAAAAAGUGGUCGCAGUCCCGAGGAAGCUCUAAUGAUUCUCGUCCCAGAGGCUUACAAGAAUCAUCCAACGUUGAUGAUUAGAUAUCCUGAGGUUGUUGAUUUCUACGACUACUACAAAGGUCAGAUGGAGGCCUGGGAUGGGCCGGCUUUACUCUUAUUCAGCGAUGGAAAAACAGUUGGAGCUUGUCUUGAUCGAAAUGGACUUCGCCCUGCUAGAUAUUGGCGGACAAUAGACAAUGUUGUCUAUGUUGCAUCUGAGGUUGGUGUUCUUCCAAUGGAUGAAUCAAAGGUUAUCAUGAAAGGUCGUCUUGGACCUGGAAUGAUGAUAACAGUUGAUCUACAUAGUGGUCAGGUUUAUGAGAACACAGAAGUUAAGAAACGAGUUGCCUCAUCACAUCCUUAUGGAAAGUGGGUGAAUGAAAGCUUGCGUUCCCUGAAGCCUGCGAACUUUCUUUCUGCAACAGUGAUGGAAAAUGAAGCAACAUUAAGACGCCAACAGGCAUAUGGCUACUCCAGCGAGGAUGUCCAAAUGGUAAUCGAAAACAUGGCUGCCCAAGGGAAGGAGCCCACAUUCUGCAUGGGAGAUGAUAUUCCGCUUGCAAUAUUGUCUCAGAGGUCACACAUGCUUUAUGAUUACUUCAAGCAACGGUUUGCUCAGGUUACAAAUCCUGCUAUCGAUCCUCUAAGAGAAGGAUUAGUCAUGUCCCUUGAAGUUAAUAUUGGGAAGCGUGGAAACAUAUUAGAGAUUGGACCUGAGAAUGUCUCUCAGGUUAUUUUGCCUAGUCCUGUGCUGAAUGAAGGGGAGCUUGACUUGUUGCUGAAAGAUCCCUACCUGAAGCCCCAAGUCUUACCAACAUUUUUUGAUAUAAGGAAAGGAGUUGAAGGUUCCUUGGAAAAGACAUUGAAUAAACUAUGUGAAGCUGCCGAUGAGGCUGUAAGAAAUGGUUCCCAGAUGCUUGUUCUCUCUGACAGGUCUGAUGAGCUGGAGCCCACUCGGCCUGCCAUUCCAAUACUUCUUGCUGUUGGUGCUGUGCAUCAGCACUUGAUUCAAAAUGGCCUGCGAAUGUCUGCUUCAAUUGUAGCAGACACUGCUCAGUGCUUCAGUACUCAUCAGUUUGCAUGUUUGAUAGGCUAUGGUGCAAGUGCAAUAUGUCCGUACUUGGCAUUGGAGACAUGCAGGCAAUGGCGUUUGAGCACUAAAACAGUGAACCUGAUGCGUAAUGGAAAGAUGCCGACAGUUACGAUUGAACAGGCUCAAAAGAACUUCUGCAAGGCUGUUAAAUCUGGUCUACUGAAGAUUCUCUCCAAAAUGGGAAUCUCAUUGCUGUCAAGUUAUUGUGGUGCACAGAUAUUUGAAAUUUACGGAUUAGGAAAAGAGAUUGUUGAUCUUGCUUUUUGUGGAAGUGUAUCUAGCAUUGGUGGACUAACUCUGGAUGAGCUGGCAAGGGAGACACUAUCAUUUUGGGUGAAGGCUUUUUCUGAGGAUACAGCUAAAAGGCUAGAAAAUUUUGGUUUUAUACAAUUCAGACCAGGAGGGGAAUAUCACGGAAACAAUCCAGAGAUGUCAAAACUGCUUCACAAAGCUGUUCGCCAAAAGAGUGAAAGUGCUUAUUCAGUGUAUCAGCAACAUUUGGCUAACCGACCUGUGAAUGUUCUUCGUGAUCUUCUUGAGUUUAAAAGUGAUCGAUCCCCAAUUCCAGUUGGAAAGGUUGAAUCUGCUUUGUCUAUUGUCCAACGGUUCUGUACUGGUGGAAUGUCGCUAGGAGCUAUUUCUAGGGAAACUCACGAAGCAAUUGCUAUCGCAAUGAAUAGAUUGGGUGGAAAAUCUAAUUCAGGAGAAGGUGGUGAGGACCCAGUUCGAUGGAGCCCCCUUACCGAUGUUGUUGAUGGCUACUCUCCAACACUGCCUCAUCUGAAAGGUCUUCAAAAUGGGGAUACUGCUACAAGUGCUAUCAAGCAGGUUGCUUCUGGACGUUUUGGUGUCACUCCAACAUUCUUGGUCAAUGCCGAUCAAUUAGAGAUCAAAAUAGCCCAGGGUGCAAAGCCUGGUGAAGGGGGUCAAUUGCCAGGAAAAAAAGUUAGCGCAUAUAUUGCAAGACUAAGAAAUUCUAAGCCAGGUGUUCCGCUUAUAUCUCCACCUCCCCACCAUGAUAUCUAUUCUAUCGAGGAUCUUGCCCAACUGAUUUUCGACCUCCAUCAGGUAAACCCUAAGGCCAAGGUAUCGGUAAAGCUUGUUGCUGAAGCUGGAAUAGGUACUGUUGCUUCUGGGGUUGCAAAGGGUAAUGCCGAUGUCAUACAGAUAUCAGGGCACGACGGGGGAACUGGAGCCAGCCCUAUAAGUUCCAUUAAGCAUGCUGGUGGUCCCUGGGAACUCGGACUUACAGAGUCACACCAGACACUCCUUCAAAAUGGACUGAGAGAGAGGGUCAUCCUACGAGUUGACGGAGGCUUCAAAAGUGGGAUUGAUGUCCUAAUGGCUGCUGCAAUGGGUGCUGAUGAGUAUGGUUUUGGUUCUGUAGCAAUGAUUGCUACUGGUUGUGUUAUGGCUCGGAUCUGUCAUACAAAUAAUUGUCCUGUUGGUGUUGCCAGUCAGAGGGAAGAAUUACGAGCUCGUUUCCCUGGUGUGCCUGGUGAUCUUGUCAACUUCUUUCUAUAUGUCGCUGAAGAGGUAAGGGGUAUCUUGGCGCAACUAGGCUACGAGAAGUUGGAUGAUAUAAUUGGCCGAACGGAUCUACUAAGACCUCGAGAUAUAUCAUUGAUGAAAACACAACAUCUUGAUCUCGGUUAUAUUCUUUCUAAUGUUGGGUUGCCAAAGUGGAGCAGUACGAAAAUUAGACUUCAGGAUGUUCAUAGCAAUGGCCCUGUUUUAGAUGAUGUCUUACUCUCAGAUCCCGAGAUAUCUGAUGCAAUUGAGAAUGAGAAAGUGGUCAGUAAAAGUAUAAAGAUAUACAAUGUGGACCGUGCUGUUUGUGGUCGUAUAGCUGGUGUAGUUGCAAAGAAGUAUGGUGACACUGGUUUUGCUGGGCAGCUAAAUAUAACGUUCAUGGGGAGUGCUGGACAAUCAUUUGGCUGUUUUCUGACACCUGGAAUGAACAUUCGGCUGGUAGGAGAAGCUAACGACUAUGUGGGGAAGGGUAUGGCUGGCGGGGAAUUGAUCAUAUCUCCUGUAGAGAAUACUGGGUUUUGCCCUGAGGAAGCCACUAUUGUGGGGAACACCUGUUUAUAUGGUGCAACAGGUGGUCAAGUCUUUGUUAGAGGGAAAGCUGGGGAACGUUUUGCUGUGAGAAACUCUCUUGCCCAAGCUGUAGUGGAAGGUACUGGAGACCAUUGUUGUGAGUACAUGACCGGAGGUUGUGUGGUUGUGCUUGGAAAAGUGGGCAGAAAUGUUGCUGCUGGUAUGACGGGAGGUUUGGUAUAUAUUCUUGAUGAAGAUGACACUCUUAUUCCCAAGGUAAAUAAAGAAAUCGUGAAGGUUCAGAGAGUGGUUGCCCCUGUCGGACAAAUGCAGCUAAAGAGCCUAAUUGAAGAGCAUGUUGCAAAAACUGGGAGUAGCAAAGGCUCUUCUAUUUUAAAGGAGUGGGACAGAUAUCUACCUCUAUUUUGGCAGUUUGUUCCACCUAGUGAGGAAGACACCCCUGAGGCUUGUGCAGAAUUUGAAAAAACAGCUCCUGGGCAGGUGAGUUUCCAGUCUGCUUAGAACAACAAUAUCGCGUGCCAAAGUAUAAUCAUCAGAUGUCAAGGGUAAUCAUGUAACCACAAAGUUGCAAUCCCACUCUUCAUCGGAUAGAGAGGGUGUGGAUUCUAUGCUGCAAUUCCUUUCUUAAAUUGGUUGGAGAGAGAGACCUCAAGCACGUCAUUGAAAAGAUUGAAGUUUCCCUGGUGCUGCAACUAACAAUAUAUCGAUGGUGCGUCAACUGUAAAUUCAAAGUCCUCAAUCUCAGUAGGCAUUUUUUUUUUCACCAUAUCUUUUUGUUCCUAGUCUCGAAUUCGAGACUAAAUAGUUGUGUAAUUAUGUAUUAUAGUUUUAGUUUACACAAGGGGAAUCUUGAAUUAGUUGACGGAGGAUCGAUUCUGGAUUACAGAGUCUGAAGUACGGGCCAGUUAUUUAUUAUAUAUGUUGCUGAAAUUUGACUUGUGCA